GCAGAUCACCCCAGAUCUCCGCGCGUUAGUAGCAGCGAUGGCUCCGAAGGGUAAGGGAGCGAAGGGCAAGAAGGAAGCCGUGGCGGCGGCCGAGAAGACUGCGGAUGCCGUGAAGAAGGUCCGCCGCAACCGGACGAGCAAAGUGCGCACCAGCGUGCGGUUCUACCGUCCCAAGACGCUCGAGAAGCCACGCAAGCCGCUCUACCCUCGGCGGUCGGUGCCGCGGCUGAGCAAAAUGGACCACACCAAGAUCAUCAAGUCCCCCCUGACGACCGAGAGCGCCAUGAAGAAGAUUGAGGAGAACAACACCCUGGUGUUCCUCGUCGACCCGCGAGCCAACAAGCGCCAGAUCAAGGACGCCGUCAAGAAGAUGUACGACAUCGCCGCCUCGCGCGUCAACACCCUCAUCCGGCCGGACGCCGUCAAGAAGGCAUACGUGCGACUCACCGACGACUAUGACGCUCUUGACGUGGCCAACAAGAUCGGCAUCAUAUGAGGUGCCUGCCUGGCUUGCCUGUUGUGGGUGGGCGGGGGAACCUGGUUGGUGUCUGUUGUGUGGAGGAUAGAGGUGCUUGACGUGGUUGGCUGCGUGUCGUGUGUGUGUGGCGCGUCUGUCGUUUGACGUCAAACAAUGGGCUCGGUGCGUGCGGCAUGGGAGCGAUGUGAGACUGACA